UUGGUUCAGUAUUGCCUCAACUUCAGAUAUCACUCAAGACCCCCUUCAGGCCUUCCCCACACACACACACACACACACAUAGAGACUCACACUCACACUCAUAUUCACGAUCGAGAAUCCCCAAAAGUUUGACUCAAAAGAGAGAGAAAAUAUGCAGGGAAGCCAACUGUUGUGCCAUCAACAGCACCUCUUUUUGCCCGGAAGCACCGGGAAUAUGAAACAUCGCAUUGUCAGAACGAAAAACUCCGCGACCGGCACUAUCAGACUCCGGCGACAAUCAAUCUCUUCGGUAGCGGCUCCGCCACAUCAACCUUCGGUUAAGCACUCAAUGCCACCGGAGAAGGCGGAGGUUUUCAAGUCGCUCAACGGGUGGGCCACGGAAACGCUGCUCCCAUACCUGAAGCCAGUGGAGCAACUGUGGCAGCCACACAAUUACUUGCCGGAGUCGUCCUUGCCGUCGGAUGAGUUUGAGGAGCAAGUGAGGGAGCUACGGAAGCGAACUUCGGAAUUGCCGGACGAGUACUUGGUGGUUUUGGUGGGUGACAUGAUCACGGAAGAGGCACUGCCUACGUAUCAGUCUAUGAUCAACCGUCUUGACGGGGUCAAGGACGAGACCGGCUCCAGCCCGGACCCAUGGUCCGUCUGGACUCGUAGUUGGACCGCCGAAGAGAACCGGCAUGGUGAUCUGCUCAAGACCUACCUCUACCUCUCCGGACGUGUCAAUAUGCUUUCGAUCGAGCGCACCAUUCAAUACCUCAUCGGUGCUGGCAUGGUACCUGGUUUAGAGAACAACCCAUACUUGGGAUUCGUGUACACGUCAUUCCAAGAGCGAGCCACGUUCGUAUCGCACGGCAACACGGCUCGCUUGGCAAAGGACCGUGGGGACACCGUGUUGGCACGUAUCUGCGGCACCAUUGCAGCUGACGAGAAGCGACACGAGAACGCUUACAUCAAGAUAGUGGAGAAGUUGUUGGAGGUGGACCGCUCAGAGGCAAUGCUCGGGAUCGAAGAUAUGAUGCGAAAGCAGAUUACGAUGCCAGCACACCUGAUGUACGAUGGGCAUGACCCUCAUUUGUUUGAUCGCUUCUCCGCCGUUGCACAGAAAAUCGGUGUAUACACAGCCGCGGACUACGCAGAUAUUUUGGAAUUCCUGGUCGGGCGGUGGAAGCUUGAGAAGCUAGAGGGCCUGAACAGUGAUGCUCGUAAGGCUCAGGAUUUCGUUUGUGGGUUGGCACCCAGGUACCGGAAGUUGCAGGAACGAGCCCAUGAGCGAGCUCAGAAGAUGGAUCCUCAGACUUUGCGCUUCUCCUGGAUCUUUGACAGGGAAGUCAGUUUGUAAUUUUUAGCUUUCAACUAUAGUAAGGAAAGAAAGGCCUAAUUGCUUUAAGAGAAAGAAAGCCAAGAGAGAGAAAUAGUAUCAAGAAAGACACUACAUAUAUAGAGAGAGAGUACAUCUAGAGACCAGAGAGAGAGAGUGUGUUAUCUUGUAAAUUUAAAGGGAAUAAUAUAUAUAUAUAUAUAUAUAUAUGUAG